GAUAUUUUCCCGCCAAAAAAACUGGAUCAGGCUUCCGUCUUCGUUUCUUGAAAUUUUCACUAUUUACAAAGUGAUUUGAUUCACGAAAGCCCACCAACGAGUGUCAUUUUGGACAGAAUGUGAUAAACAUUAAAACUGGAAAUUAUUUGGUGAACUUUGGACCAGAGAAAACUCAUGAUAACCAACUCCGGAUAAUCCAAUAUGGCGGAUGCGAAUUAAUUGCUACCUUAUCGUCAAUUUCAAGCGUUAGAAAAUGGCGAGUGGUGAAGAUCGCGUUCUGAGAUUUAUUAGCAUUGAUAACACGAGGGACAGUAAUCUUCGGCGGGCUUCGGAAGCUUGCAAAAAAUUCAAACUAGAUACCGAAUGGAUUUCUUCGGGUGAUUUAAAAAAUCUAGAUUUGAAGCCGAAGAAAUCCGUUUUUGUUUUAGAACGUUUUGAAGGCGAAGAUUUCGAGUUGUUAAAAGAGAAUGCUUGCAGUGUUGUUGGACCUCAGUGCCUUUUAUCUUGUCUGAAAACAGAAACUGCUCUGCCAAAUUUACAGUAUCCCGUGUACUCUGUGGCCAUGCGUGGUGCUGUUGUAACAUGCACAAGUGUCCCAAGACAGGAAAGGGAUCAACUUUAUGAUCUUAUUAAGCUCAUGGGAGGAACUGUGUCAAAGGAUUUUACCAAUUCAGUGACUCAUCUUGUGGCUGGUGAAGUAGGCUCACAGAAAUAUCGUGUUGCCUGCAAUGUAAACAAACCAAUCUUAUUGCCUGAGUGGGUUUACACUUGCUGGGAUAUGUGUCGUAAUGACCACAUAUGUGCAACAGAUGAAGAAUUCAUGAAGUUGAGAUGUCCGACGUUCAAAGGUAUCACUCUCUGUGUGACAGGGAUUGAGGCAGACAGACGCAAAGAAAUCAAACGACUUGUUACAGACCAUGGCGGAACAUAUUCUGGGGAACUGAACAUGAACACCUGCACACACCUUCUUGUUGACACACCAAAAGGAGAAAAGUACGAGUUUGCAAGACGAUGGAAUCUACACUGUGUUUGUACACAGUGGUUCUAUGACUCAGUUAAGUCAGGUUUCUGUCUUGAUGAGGCAGACUUUUACACUCUUCCUGAUGAUGAAAACAACAGUUCUCAAGCUGGGCGAAGAGUAUCUUAUGGUUUAAUUAAAGGUAACAGUGCUGUUCCUUCUAAAACCAACACUGACAAGAAAAUUGCCAAUAAGGCUGCUGAAGCGGCAUACAAGAGUGCUCAGAAACAUGGAGAUAAUGACCUCUUGAGUAAUGGGAAUAAAAAAUCAUUGUCAAAUCAAUCGAAAAGGUUUGAUAAUGUCUCUAGACUAGGAGAAACACGUUUAGAUGACACACAAAGCUCAGACUUUGAUGUACGGCUCCAACCUGGUAACAUGUUUUUGGAUGGAUGCAAGAUUUAUCUAAGUGGGUUUAGUGGUCAUAAACUGGAGAAGUUAAGGAAGAUUAUUAACUGUGGAGGAGGGACCAGGUUUAACCAGAUCAAUGAGAUUGUAUCUCAUGUUGUUAUUGGAGACAGAAUUGAUGCAGACCUUGAUUUGUUGAGGAACUGUGAUUUCCAGGGGUUUGUUGUCACUGUUCAGUGGAUUUUGGAUUCUGCAAGAGAAGGAAAAAAGUUGUCUGAAGAAGGCAAGUACUGGACAGAUUUCCUUUUUUUAACCCAUAGCAUUUUGCAGUGCCUUACAUUCAUUCUGAUCACAGUCUCCCCCUUCAUCACAUUAUUAAGUUGUGUUGUCUUAACACUGCAGGGUUUAAAAUAAUGACAGGUCAAAGGAGAGUUUUUGGCCAAGAUGACCAUUUUUCUGAACAAAUUUUUCAGCUGGCUUGUGAUUUUUACUGGUCAGGUACAUGGCUUUCAAAUAAAUAACUCUAAAAAUAAAAUACAGCAAAUUACAAAAACAUGGUUAUAUCAUUUGAAAAUAUUUUAGCUGCUGGCAUUCACAAAAUUUGGCGAGUGCAGUACAUGUACUGUUUUCGUCGUUUCGCUGUUCUUCAAGAUUCAUUAAUUAAUUCUCAGUUUCUCAGUAUUCUAACAGUUCAAGUUAAUUAGCAUUCACGCGUUGAAAUCAGCUCGCCUCUUUCACUUCUACAUUUCGAGGAUUAAUACUGUGAUUUACAGAAUGAUUCGUUGAAAAAGGUAAAAGCCAAAUAUUCUUAUGAGAAAUUCGCUCAAAUGAUGAAAAACCUCUUAGAAAAAACUACUUACACUAGCAUGAAUUAUCUCCGGGUCUUCGUUUCCAAAUCUGAAUUCUUCUGUUCAUGUCCACUGCUAGCCCAAACUGAAUUUUUGAGCUAUUUUGAAAAAAUAGCUCAUAUGUCAGUGGUGUGAGCAUAUGUAUCUUUGUGGCUUUGUAUCUUUGUAUGUUGGGAUGUUUGUUGCAAGAGCCAAUAAGGUUCAAGGUACUAUGAGUUGAUGCUUAGGAACCAAUGAGAUCUUGGCUUCUAUUUAAACAUGGCAUUGGUAAAGGUCGAACAAGGGCACUUUGAGACCGCCAUCUUGAUUCUUCACAAUUUUUUCGUCUUUUAUUACGGCUACAGGUGUUUGGAAGAAUUAUUACAUUAAAUAUCUUCAUGAUUCAAACGCUGUGUACAGUGAUGCAGCUGUUUAAGGGUUCAUAUUUUAGUAUGGAUGCUGCUUCAAGGCAUUUCUGACCUAAUUCAGCGCACGUCAGUAUGAGUCCUGUUUCACCUGCUACAACUGGGUAGAGUAUAAAAGAUCAUAUAUUUUCAAAGCUCUUCCAAUGAAGCAAUAAUUGAUAUUUAGAUAUAGACUUUAAUUCGAAAGUAUGCGCCCUAUUAAAUGUGGUUUUAGAAGGUUAAAAAGGCAGCUUAUGUUUGUGAAAGCUGUACCAAGUAUCGUUAACCUGUAAACAAGCUUUAAAAAUAUUAUUCUCUCGCCUACAAAGUUCAACAGACCUUUUUCAUUCUGGCAAAACAAAAAAAAAGAAUAAUAAGUGAAUAACAAGAUACAUCCUUCCUGCAUACUAAGUAUUAUAGUUUCUGAAAUGUAUUUUAUUUAGUAAAGAUGCGUAACUUAAGUAGAAACAGUAGUUAGAUACUGUUGCAUUGAGUGGAGUAACAUGAUACAAGUAGAAAUAUAUUUCGGCAGUUUGAUAAUUUUCGUGGAAGUUAAUAAAUGUUAGGCUAUCAACCUUGACGUUGCAUGAAACGUAAUUUACUUGCAGAUGUUGUAAUAAAGCCAAGGUGAUUUCUUAAAAUCGCUUGAGAAAAUUAUGUAGUAAAACAAUUUGCCUUUUUUUUACAUACGAAUUGUAAAAGGGCCAAAGACCAACAUCUUCACAUGCAAAUUGUGUGCAUAAGUUAUUUUUAUAAUUCUGUUUACUAGAUUACUGUGUGAUAACUCGAAUUCCCUCACGUACGAACCACGAAAGGGGGCAAAGUCCAACACUUUCACGUGCCAGCUGUGUGACUGUACAUCUCAUGCAGAUUGGCUUUUCACAAUAAUAAUAGUAACUUGGACGUAUGAAGACCUGUUUCGUUUAGUAACCAAUGCCCUAAAAAAGGCUCUUGUCUUUUAAGAAGCAAUAGCUUCUAAGACAUGAAGAAAUAAGUUGUCGGAGUUAAAGACUGUCUCACAAAUGUUAAUAAAUGUUAGGUUAUCAACCUUGACAUUGCAUGAAACAUAGUUUAAUUGCAGAUGUUGUAAUGAAGCCAGAGUGAUUUCUUAAAAUCGCUUGAGAAAAUUUUGUAGUAAACAAUUUGCCUUUUGUUUUUACGUACAAAUUGUAAAAGGGACAAAGACCAAAAUCUUCACAUGCAAAUUGUGUGCAAGGGUUAUUUUUAUAAUUUUGUUUACUAGGUUACUGUGUGAUAACUCGAAUUCCCUCACGUACGAACCACGAAAGGGGGCAAAGUCCAACACUUUCACGUCCCAGCUGUGUGACUGUAUAUCUCAUGCAGAUUGGCUUUUCACAAUGAUAAAUAGUAACUUGGACGUAUGAAGACCUGUUUCGUUUUGUAACCAAUGCCUUAAAAAAGGCUCUUGUCUUUUAAGAAGCAAUAGCUUUUAAAACAUGAAGAAAUAAGUUGUCGGAGUUAAAGACUGUUUCACUGAGUAGAAUCGCACGUGAAAACCUCGUGAAUUAUGAUGUUGCAACCAUCUACCUCAAUGAUAAAAAUCCUGGUAUUUUGUAACUAUUCAGUAUUCGAUGAGUCACAUUUUGGCUUAAGAAACUCCGAAGAAACCUUAGCGUUUUUCUUCUAAUCAACGUUUGGUGAGUAGAAAUUUAUUUCACUUUAACAAUUUGUUUAACUUGCACCAGAAAUGAUGUAACAGGGAAAGACAGAGGAAAGUGAAUAUAUAGGUUGAGAAUCAACUCAGCAGAGCGUUUCGCGUUUUCAUUUAUGUAGCGCAAUACCCAACUUCGCAUAACAACCAAAUCUACAUUUAUGAUGAAAAAGGUAGAUUCAUCACUCUUGGUAAGGUUACACUGAAGUAUUAUAGUUACACUGAAGCAUUCAAAAUAGCUCAUGCACGUGUAACGUGCCUAUGUUUAAAUUUAGCGCCAGAAUGCCCUUAGGGAAUUUAGGGGAUGCAUCGCUAACGGCAACGGAUUUAAUUUAUAACAUGUACACUGAGUAGAGUUGGCUGCAUUCUGCGUCUUUGUGAAUGCCACUUAGCAAAAAUAAUUAUUACUAUCUCUCUGAAGAAGAAAAAAUUCCAUAUUUUUACCAGUCAAAAGUAAGCCAGGGCCAAUCUAAAAUUUGUUUGGCCAGUCAACAUGAUGAGCUACUGUCCAAAAAGUAUUUUAAGCAGAAGACUUAUUUGAUUAUCAUCUGAAAAUUAGGCAUUAAUGUCUUUUUCACCAAAAUAUUAAUGCUUCAACAAGCCGUGACUUUUAGUGCAGACAGUCCGGAGGAAAACAUUUUGUUGUUGCAAGAGUUAAGACAUCUCUGACCUCUUCAUAAUUAGUACAAAUUAAUUUAGACCCUGGGUGCCAUCUACCUGUGAACACAAGUGAUGUUUUCCUUCACCCCCAUGGCAGUAAACAUGUAGCAGAUUGUGAUGUAAAUAUGCCCCUCAUUUCCAAUGGGAACCCCAGAAUUUGAACCCUCUGAGGAAUCACUGAUUUAGUGAUUAGCACACAAGGGUCCAAUGAUUUUGAGCUACAAAAACAGAGGUAUUGAUUACGGUCAGGCUCAGCAUCCUUCAUGAACUGGUAAUUUCGCCAGAACCAAUGUUUAACUGUCUUUUGCAGAUUAUCUCUGUUCUGAUGGGAUUCAACAUCGGGAGCUUUCUCCUUCAUGCAAGGAAAAUGAAGAUCCAGAGGAAAAGCUUUUAAAAACGUCAACAAAAAAGGUGGCACCAUUACAGAAACUUUCUGAUAAUAAACGAGAUGCUAAGAUAAUGCAUGAGGAUGAUGCAUUUGAAGAUGAUGAUGUGUUCCAACAAUACUUGCCACACAAUAUGGACUCUACUGAGAAUAAUAAUCAUGACACAGAGCAACAAGUCCAGCUGCAGAGUGAUGGCGGCCAGGGCAAAGGUAAGUUUAAUGCAACCUGAGAUUAUUUUAUUCAUGAAGGAAAGCAGAAAAGAUACCUCUGACAAGCUCUUUGAUGUUAAGCUGUUAGUUUGUACAAGUCUUACAGAUAGAAAAAUACAUCACAGAUGUGACCAAUCAGAAUGUGCCGUGGACUGUGUUUGAUUUCCCUUCACCUAAAUAGAUAUAUUUAUGUAUAUAUUUUGUAGGUCAAGUUAAAUGCCAGUUCAAAUUUUUUCACCAACUCAGUUGAUUCUCUCCUAUUGAUAAAUAAUGACAAGGAGACAAAUGAAAUUGAGAAUCAAAAUAGCUUACAAAAUGUUAACUUGAAUUUAAUUUUGAUGUAUAACAUAUAUGUGACAGGUCAGAAUUAAUUAUAUUCUGGUUAAAAUUUUUUAACCUAGGAAGGAUGAUUCUUAAUUUUCUUUGUCUCCUAGCCCUAAUUUUUGAAUAAUCAGUUCUAGGCAAUGAAGAUGUAUAAGUCACAGUCUGUGUGUCUGUCUCGUGUAAAGGACCGUUUUUCAAUAGAGCCCGGUGGGAAACUUGGUUGGUGCACUGUAAAGCUGAACUAGUCCCUUAAACAUUACUUCUGGGAUCCCUGGGCUCCUUCUGAUUCUUGAAAAAGCACAGCCUUGAUGUGUCUGGUAGUUUGACCUGAUGUGACCUGAAAAGUAUAUUUUACGACCAUUUUUUUGGUUCCACUCAGAUCAUCCUAUUACCAGUACAGAUCCUGAUGCCACACUUGAUGAAGGUGAUGAACCAGAACAGGAUGGUGGUUUACUGGAGGGUAGAAGCUUUAUAGUGGUUGGGUUUGAUGAACAUAUAGAGCGCCUUUGGCAAAUCAUAGAAAGCAAUGGUGGAAAGCGAGCCAGUGAGAGGCAAAUGGCAGACUUUGCUAUUUUCCCUAUGAAUACAGUUCCUAAAGGUAGAAUACAAGCCAAACAAUUGGUAAGACAAAUUUUCUAUUUGCUCCAUUAGGGCUGUUUUUGUGAUUGAUAAUUAUUAUGUGAAAUUAGGCCUUUUUGCAUGAACCCCCUCUGUUUCAAUGUACUAGUAUCAGCAGUACUUGGGUUGAAUAAAGAAUGAUCAAUGGAAGUAAAGGAACCUCAGAUUGAGUCCAUGACGGUGAUGACAUUGGUUGAUUCAUGCUUUUUCAGUGUUCCAAUAUUCUCCUGCAGUGUAUUGUUGUUAUUUUAGUGUGCUUCAGUUAAGUUUAAUAUUUACUUUCCUCACCUCAUUAUUAGAAGUUUGAAAGAUUAAAAAUAAAGUUGAAGUGGAAACUAACUCUUGUUUUAGAAGCUGUAUGGAUGUAAUGCACUAGUGCCAGCCAAAGUUGCUGCACUUCAGCUGGUAAAAUAAUUUGAUGUCUCUUUUCUUAUGCUGUAGGCAACAUUCUGUUGGUUAGAACAGAGUAUAGAAUGUGGCCACUUUUUAGCACUAGAUAAUAGCUUCCUAUUCAAGCCCUUCAGUAUUCCCAAGGGAUGUCAGCCACUCGAAGGAUGUGUGCUGUCGAUCAGCCAGUACACAGGAAUGGAGAGGGAUCACAUGUAUCAGCUGGCUGAGCUGCUAGGUUUGUUUAAUUAAAAAAAAUAAAUGAGUGAAUAAUGAUUUUAAGAUAGCACAUCUACUUCGUAGUUCUUUGUCAGCCUGAUUCCUGGCUGAAUUGGAAUUUGGAAAUGUUGGUUUUUGAAAAGAGGGGAAAGCCUGAGUGUCCAAGAAAAACCUCGUGUAGAAAAGGAGACAUACGUACAGCAGCAAAUUCAACCCAUACAUGUAUAUAUGUGGCAUUAACGUUACUGGUCAAAUUUGAUUUCUGGUUAACUUUGAUUUGACGUAGGUUGAUUCUCAAUUUCCUUUGUCUCCUAGCCGUAAUUCAUGAAUAAUAAAGUUUAGGAGGCAAAAAAUUUAAAGUCAAUGUUAUUUUGACCUGUAGCAUAGGUGUUCUUGGAUUUAAACAUCAACUUGAUUGGCAUUGUAAAUACCCUCUUAUGCCUCAGCAAAUAAUUCUUUGUGCUCUUUUGGGAGCAAAUUUAUUUUGAAUUCAGAUCAAUGACGUCUACAAACAAAGUGUAUUGAACAAUGGAUUGUCAUUUUAAUCAGGUGCCAGCUGUCAAGAAUACUUUGUUCGUAAAGCAAGUCGGAACUACCAAGCAAGCACUCACCUGCUAUGCCAAACUCCUGAUGGCAAAAAAUACUCAGCAGCUGUGAAAUGGAACUUGCCUGUUGUUAGUCAGCAAUGGCUAUUUGCCUGUGCUGUGAGAGGAACUUUGGUUUCUGUUAGUGAAUUCCCAGUUAGCAAAGACCAUGUAAGCAUUCCUAGUAAAGCUGAUGCUAACCCACUGGAGCGAAUGACAGAAGAUAGGUCAAGUUCUAAAGAAAGUACCACCAAGGAUGACAGUGAAAGAACUGCACAAGAGGAGGUUGGUAUGGAAACAGAUUAUGUGCUCUCCACUAAAUUGCCUGCUUUGCCACACAAAAAAGAAAAUAUGAUUGCUGUGAAUGCUGAUAAACCCAUUGCUGAUGGUAGCAGUGCUCUAAAACAGCCAAUCAAGAGACCAUCCAUUUACAGUCGUCCAUUUAGACCAUCAUUUGAUUUGGCUGAUGUAAUGGAGGAACUGCAAUCUCCAGCAUGUGCCAGUCUAAGAAGUAGGAAGAGUCGUGGUAGCAGAAAUAGUUUCCCUCUGGAUGAUUUCUUUGCUGAGAACAUCAAGCAGACCCUCCAGAAAUUUGGGACUGUUGCCCCUCCUACAAGAGAAGGUGAAGAUGAUGGAGCUUGGACAGCAUAUGAUGAACAGCAGAGAGAAAAGGUAAAUUCUAGGUCACAGCUUAUUUGGUUUACUCAACUUUUAAGAUUACAAAAUUACUUGUUAUUGUCACCUACUAUCUUAAAUUUGCCACGGUGACUCAACACAGGGACAGGGGAUGAAACAUGACUUACUUCCCACUUAAAAUGAACCCCUUCAUUACCCACCCAGCAAGGUUUUAACCAGGAGGGUGUCCUGCUGUCCUAUAAACGCCCAUUUUUGAAAGAAAUACAAGGAAAAUUCACUUAAUCUCUUAUAAUUUUAUGGGAAAACAUGCCUUCUGGAUGGGCAGUUUUCAAAGUCUGGCUAAAAGCCUGCCACGCAGACCAUGAAAGGUUGUCCCACACCAUCAGGGUCUAUGUACGCUCCCAACUCUUUACAAACAGCAGUGUGGAUUAUUUUACAUGUCACAAGAAUCAACAGUGAAAGAGCUGUGGAAUGGGCCCUACAGUUUUUUGUCCUUAUCCGAGAAGACUAGAAGAUCUAACCAUUCGUAGAUGUCACAGCAAAGGCUUCACAUUCUCCUCAGUUGAUUUACAUUUUAAGACCCUGAGUGUUGGUCCAGCCAGGGUUUGAACCUGUGACCUCCCACUCGGCAGACCAGUGCUUAUCCAAAUGAGCUAACCACACAGCAGACUCGCUUCCUCUUCCUGUUCUACCCUGUAAAAAGGCAUGUCUCUGAUUGCAAUUUGAAAGAUUUGUUUAUCAUUUUACUAGCCUACGUAUAACAUGACCUGGCAAGGUUCUUUAAAACAAAAAUAAUUUUUUGUUCAAUCAUGCAUAACUGGUAAUUUAAAAAAGAAAAAAAAAAGAUAAUUUAAAAUUCCUGUAAGUGCUUCCCUUAAGCUGUUGAAUUCUGAAUUAUUUCUGCAGAAAAUGGAUGAAACCAAUCAAGGGAUCCUUGCUGGUAUUGUGUUAUCAGUCAGUAAAAAGUUAGCUCAGCAACAAACAGAGUUUUUUACCUUGGCAACGUCUCUUGGUGCCGAUUAUCGUUGGCUUUAUGAUGAGUCAUGCACUCAUCUUGUUCACCAGGUGACAUCAUUGUUUGUCAAGUUGUGAUAACUUCAAGGUUUUAGAAUUAUCAAGCAUUAGAAUAAUAUUAUUUUCAAAACUUAUAUAGAUGAGUUUUGCAACAUUAAGGAUAUAUUUUUUGGCUAAUUGGAUGUAACAAAGCAGCCUUGUUUGCUUUUUGCCCAUGUUCAUAAGCCAAAAUUAAUUUUUUGUUUUUAUUUGUGUGUAACUCUGUCAGGAUUGGUCAGAAUUCCCAAGAUGAGUUAAUGGUGGAAAUAUCUAUCCUUGCUGCUGCUGCUGCUUUUCAACUUAAUAGCUCAAACUAAAAGCUAAAGGCCCAGAAAGGAAAAUAUGCAUGGUUGUCUGCGGAACCUAAGUAACCAAAGCAGUCAUCAAAGUGUUAAUUUGCAACUUUAUUUCAGGGGUCAGCCAGUGACAAAACAAAGGAAUACACCCAAGCCAAGGAUCAGGGGAUUUUCAUUGUGUCUCCACAUUGGCUCUAUGCUUGCCAGGAGAAGAAUGAAAGAGUGGAUGAGAGCAUGUACCCACACACCUUUAAUCCUAAACUUAGUCUUCCUGUGCUUACUACGGGUAGAAGAAUGACCAGAUCCUCUAAAGCUGUGAGUAUGUCAUGCCUCAGUUUCAUUUUUGCUUGACUGUUUCAGCUCUUAUCUAUUUAAAACAAGCUUUGGGAUUUUGAUGUCCCUCCCCUUCUUUCCUCCCUCCCUUCCCCCCCCUCCGUCCUCAAAGUCAGGGGUUUCUGCCUUCAAUAAAAAUUGAAGUAGCCAGCAGCUUUGAACAGUGUAACCGACUGUAUCAACAGUCCACAUUUUAAAGGGGUGUCUAGAGGCAUGCUCGCUUAGAAAAUUUUAAAAUUUCAAAGCCCUAAUAAGCGAUUUCCAGCAUUUAGGGGACCAAACUGAGUAUAAAAGAGCGAGCUUUCUAAUCAAGAAGAUUUAGGUUUUAGUCAAAUUUUGAUUUAUUAGUCACAUAAUUAACUGGGGCACCCAACGUCAAUUUUUGGAAAACAUCUGUGCGGAAGACGAUUUGAGGUCUAGAAUUUUCGGAACAUUUGUUGUAAAAUUUCUUGCUUGCCUGCCUCCCCUAGGAUUUUCGAACAUCUAAAAUAUGGUAUAAUUGCCAAUUUUUAGCGGAUUUUUACCCUAAAAAGGUCACCUAGAAUUUUCGUGAGCCUUUUUCCUGGCUGAAAUUUUCGAAAAGGUAAGUUUUGAUCCCUAUAAUUUUCGGAUCACUAGACUUUUAGCUAAGAAAUCCGAACAGAUGAAAAAUUUUGAGGGGAUAAAAACAUGCCUAUAUCUACCGUUUAAAUACUAAUACGUUCAACAAUGCUAUGUUUAAGUGGUUUUGAACUAUAUUCUCUUUGGGUGCCCCUGAAUUAACUCCUGCAAGCAAUGAACAAAUGAUAAUUAUACUAUUAGUUACAUACAUUUCCGCAUGAACAAAUUCUACUUUUGCCCAUGACAUUAUUCAAACUAGUUGCUUCUUUUUCGGGCGAAAAAAUAGCCGACUUCUCUGAGCAAUGUAGCCGACGCGUUUCGUCGGUCAUCGGUGCUUAUUGAAACCCCUGCAAAGUUGAUUAUGAUGUGGCUAGUCAGCGUGCAAAGAAAGUAGUGUCCGAUAGUCUGGGGCUAGUGGAUUUUGCUAUUGGGCUAGUGAAUUCUGUUUUAACUUGCCCGACGGGCAAGUGAUGUUUUUGAGGAAUUCAAAAAACUGAAGAACUGUGAAAUCAAUUGUGCUAGUCAAAACGUUUUUGGGGCUACGUGAAAUGGCGUCUGGUCUAGCACAUGCUAGCUUCAGCUUGCCCGAUUAGCAAGCUGUAAAAAUGAUUUUCUUUGCACCGUGCUUGUAGAAAAGUUCUAUUUUUGAAAUUUGUUGUCAAGGUCCUGUGGUGUAACCAUUUAACUUAAAACCUUUUUUGGAGUUCUAGCUUGUCAUAUCAUUUUUUUUUUUCAGUAUUUUGCAAAAUAAAAUUGAAGAUUUCUUGAGGGGAAUGGGUUUCAGUUGUCUGCAACGGGAAUCUAGCGUUUGUCCACUUAUGCUUAUCUUUACAUGUGUCAUAAAGUGGCAUUGAAGCUGAGCUUAAAGUAUCUUUUUUGAAAACUCUAGUCAACAGUGGAACAACAAAUGUCACCUCAAAAGAAAGUAAACUCAGCCGUAGCUGACAAAUGUGAUCCAGGUGACUCAGAACAGCCAAGUAAGACAAGUGAAAAUGUGGCAGAGAAUGAACGGAAUGAAGACAUAGCAGAUGGGGAACUAGGCGUGGCAGAGAGUACCACAGAAGAGGUGCAAUGUGAUCCUCAAAUGGGUGCUGGCACUUUGGAAUCACUGGAAGCAAGAGUUGAAGCUAUCAUGGGUGCUACCAAGGUAUACUUGCCAUCAGGAAAAUGUUAUUAACAUGUCAAUACAUCUUUACUUGGAUGUUUAUUUGUUUAGGCAGUCACUACGGUCAAACUUGUAUUAAGCAGUCACCCUUGGGGAAUAGAUCGAGACUUUUAAACCCCAUUUACGCGCGCUAAAAAAAUGGGCACGGCACGCCAAAUUUUUGGCAUCGUGCCUCGUUUACCCGUGCCGAGAGGCACCACUAAAAUUUUGAGCACUGGUGCCACACUACAUUUGGGACCGAUACGUUUACACGUCGAAAAUUGGGAGUGCCGUGCCUUAAAAUCGUCAACACGGUGCCAAAAAUUUGGCGUGCCGUGCCGAUUUUUUUAGCGCGUGCAAAUGGGGUUUUAGAUGUAUGGACGAGAACGACUCAGGGGCACCCAACGACAAUUUCUGGAAAUUAUCUGUUCGGAAGACGAUUUGAGGUCUAGAAUUUUCGGAACAUUUGUUGUUAAAUUUCUUGCUUGCCUGCCUCUCCUAGGAUUUUCGACCCCCCCAAAAAUGGUAUAAUUGCCCAUUUUUAACGGAUUUUUACCCUAAAAAGGUCACCUAGAAUUUUUCGGGAACCUUUUUUCUGGCUGAAAUUUUUGGAAAGGUAAGUUUUGAUCUCUAUAAUUUUCGGAUCUCUAGACUUUCAGCUAGGAAAUCCGAACAAAUGAAAGAUUUUUAGGGGAUAAAAAUAUACCUAUAACCACCGUUUAAUUACUAAAAUACGUUCAACAAUGCUAUGUUUAAGUGUUUUUGAACUAUAUUCUCGUUGGGUUCCCCUGACCACUACGAGUACAUGUUUGCUUUACUAGUUUGACUGUAGCAGUUUAACCCAUUAUUGGCCAUUGUUGGCCAUUUAAGAACAUUAUGGGAUUUGAAGGUUAAUCUUGUGUUUUGUACAUUACUGUGAAUUUAACUGAAACUGCUUCUCUACUCAAACAAGUAAUACUUCUUUCAAGGGAAAAGGGAGAAGAAGAAGCCGACGCAAUACGUCAUCAACUAACUCGAGCCUUGCAUCCCACAAUGGUUCAGGAAGUGGUGCAGCAGCUAACAUGUCACUAGCAACAAGGCGGACAUCAUCACGGCUUAAGCUGCGUUCUAAGGUAUUUGUGCUUCCAAUUUCUUUCUUGGCCUUCUUUUUUUUGUAUUUUUAGUUUGCUGGAACAUUUUUCUGUUUGCUGUGUUAAUUGGCACAAAACCCAACAGAUCUUGAAGUAACUGUCCAACUCCUGUCUACAGAUAUUAAUAUCAAAAGUCGUUUGCUGUAGUUUUUUAGCUCUUAUGUUCUACAUCAGGGGCACCCAACGAGGAUAUAAUUCAAAACCACUUAACAUAGCAUUGUUGAACGUAUUUUAGUAUUCAAACGGUAGAUAUAGGCAUAUUUUUAUCUCCUAAAAACUUUUCGUCUGUUCGGAUUUCCUAGCUGAAAGUCUAGUGAUCCGAAAAUUAUAGGGAUAAAAACUUACCUUCUCGAAAAUUUCAGCCAGGAAAAGGCUCCCGAAAAUUCUAGGUGGCCUUUUUUAGGGUCAAAAUCCGUUAAAAAUGGGUAAUUAUACCAUUUUGUAAAUGUUCGAAAAUCCUAGGAGAGGCAGGCAAGCAAGAAAUUUUACAACAAAUGCUCCGAAAAUUCUAGAUCUCAAAUCGUCUUCCGAACAGAUAUUUUCCCGAAAAUUGCCGUUGGGUGCCCCUGCUACAUGUACGAUACAAGAUAUGUUCUGUUGUUAUUUUAUACUAUCUGACACCUAGACGUAUAUGAAACAGAAAGCUGUGUUGGAAGGGUGACAAGGGGCAGAAAUUGAUAGUGAUGCAUGUAGAUUUUACGAUGAAACAUUUCUUUCUACGUGUAUGUGAUCCUCAGUAAGUUUCUUUUUCUUGUUAGAAAAUGCUCUACUCAUUGAUAUUUAUUCAACUUUGUUUAGGCUGCUGAUGUUGACAGUAACAAAUCAUCGUCAAGAAUCAAAUCCAGUUUUAUGGUGGUAACCGAUGAAAGUGAGCACUCUCAAAGUGAUACAAUAACUUAUGAUGAUCCUGCCGGUAGGAUGGAGCGAGAAAAGAUCAUGGCACAGCUCAAAAGAGGCUGUAGUCCAAGUCCUGACCUCACAGCAGAAGAGGAUGAGGAGAUUAACACAACAAACAAGGUAGGUAUUCCUCGAGAAACGUGGCCAAGCAAGAUUUGGUAAUUUCUCGCACGCUUUUCGCGUGGAAUGCGCGUGGAUCGUAGCGGCCUGCAAACUCUUGUGGACCAUGUAAAUUAUAUAAGUCUAUGCAGAAACAGGUUCUGAUCCAUGUAUAUAUCUCUUGGUAUCCGCAAUGACGUCAUCAAACGACCAACUUGAUCAGAUGGUUUGACUGUCUUUACGGCCGUUUUGGUGAUCAAGAAAUGCCUUUGGCGAUAAAUUUCGACGGCAGAAGUAUUUUACAGAGACUAUUAAAGGAAUUUGUACCAGUGGCUUCAAAAUAAGAGCAAAAAUUGAGGUAAACGAACAUUUGUCAGUGCGUCUCACUUCGCAGACAAGUUUGCUUAUGUCGCGAGUUACGCCUGUCGGAAGUGCGUUUCAGUUCGGCUUUUUACCGUCACAACAUUGCUUUCUCUUGAAAUCCACUUUUCAAUUCAUGUUACACCGUGGCAAACCCACAGUGAGCUUGGUUCUUUCCCCGCCAUUGGAUCACAGACUGGUUUCAGCUCCCGUAAAUCAAACGGCCGUUGAAGUGGAGUCCAGUGGUUUCACCCCGUAGUGAGUUCUCCCCCAACUAGUUCGCCGCGUAAGAAAUUGAGUUCAAUUCACGGUAGCUCAUAAUGAAUUAGCCUCGUAAAGAGUUAGCCCCAUAACAUGUUCAGAAUUAACAUCGCGAUCCACCAACCAUUUCGAGUUUCCCAUCCGGCGACCAAAAGAAAGCUUAAAUGCUUCAAAUAGAAUCAAAUAGGACAAUGAAACAAACAAAGAAGAAAAAAAGACAAUAGAACGAAGUAGGAGUCCACACGAGGGUUUGCGAGAUCCGCACUUCUAGUAUUAUUAAUGAGACUCUCUAAGGGUAUUUCCGAUGAAAUAGAAGUCGCAACGAUCGCUAUCGAUGAAACGACGAUCUGAAUGAAAACAACAAUCGCGUAGUCAUUCCGAUCAUGUUUGACAGUGUUGUAAGCAGUGUGAUGAUGGGAAACUAAAAAAAAAAAUCUGCAACUAUGAAAGUGUGCUGCAAGUUCGGAGUUUUUGUUUUGCUUCUUAAACCUAUAUAUUGAUUUUUAAAUUUUGUUUGCUCGUUUUUUCGUCAUUGUGGUCGUGGUUGCUCGAAAUCGCCAGUAGCGUUACAGCGCAACACAAUUCUUAGUGUGCGACGAUUUAGUUGAAAAACAGACGAAUUGAUGGAAAAUGCGCGAGGUAAACUACGUCCGCAGGUACCAUAGAGAGGCUCAUUAAUCAGUGCUCGUACCAGGAUCCUGAAAAAUAGAAGAAGCUAGAAAUACCGUGUAUGUCAACGAAAACCACGUACAACGAAUAACAAGAGCCCAUACUUCAAAUGGUCUUUUUAGAGUUGUUUUGUGGUCCACGAAGAUGGUGACGUGCCACUAUGCCACUACGUACACGAGUGACUAAGAAGUUACCCUAGGUACCAGAGUUUUUUCUCGCGUGCUGAAAGAUGUUUUAGAUACAGAUGUUUGGCUUUUUGCGCGGGUCACUAUAUAAGAUUUGACUGAAACUCGGAACCGCGCAUGAAAUGUCUCUGGCCCCUAGGGUAUCAAGAAGGGAGGAGCUAGCCCAUUAAAUUUUUAUGAUAUAUCUUUCAUGUCUGUAUUUUAUGCUUUCUUUUAGAAUGAGAAAACGACCAACUCAAAAGAUUCGUUAGUCACAGGAAUGACAGUCUCGUGUAACAACAUCACUAAUGAACAACGACUAAAACAGCUCAACACAACCAUCAGAUCUGAGCCGCCCUCACCUGUGUCCAGCUCAACACCUGCUGCCCCGCCCAUCGGCCUCCAAAUCAAGGACGCACAGAAACCUCAACCUAUUAACCUUCUGGAUGGAACAACCUUGGACCAGACAGAAACACGUGCUUCAUCCCCGCCCAAGUUUCAGCUGUCAGUCAUGACACCUCAAGAGAAGAUUGAUUACUCAGCACUGAUCGAGCAACUUGGAGGCCAAGUAUUUGACACUGUUUACUUCAAUCCUGAUUGCACUCAUGUUGUAGUCGGUAAACCAAAUAGGUAAGUAGAGCAAAUAAAGAGUGCAAAAAGAAUUACAUGUACUAGGGAGAGUAAGCGAAGACGUUUUUGAGCAACACACGUCAACCAAAAGUGGACUUUUUGAAUUCUUCGGAACUAAUUUUGCCCAAAUUUUCGACCAGAUCGUCCCUAUAAGAGUGAAGACACUUAGCAAUAUAAAUUUGGUAGUACCAAGGCAUAUUAAGGUGCAUCGCUCAAAAACGCCUUUUCCUAAAAACCUUUAUAUUUUAACUUUUCUCUCGUUAAAGUUUCUCGGUCAAAAUUAACGAAGGAUUUUUGGAAAAUCACUGAAAACGAAUGCUACCACGUAAAAUAACUCUCCAAAGGGUUUUAUUUAAAAUGUUACUAGCUGAAGAUUUCAUCUUCAGAAUUAAAAGUUAGAACUAGACAAUUUCUGUGCAAUUAUAUUUUACCCAAUAGAUUAGAGCUCUUUUUAAGAAUGCCAAAAUCUCUGUUUACAAUGAGUAAUUUGUCACCAGACAGUAUAUCAUGGUCAAGGGCUCGCACAGUCUUGAAAAGUCCUUGAAAUUUCUUCUACUCUGAAUGUAGGGCCUUGAAAGUGUUUUUCUUUUUUUGUGCUUUUUGCAUUGGUUGUUCAAGGCAGAAUAUAAAUCAUAGCUCAGAGAAGUUAAAGAUGAUGUACAUAAGAUUUUGUUGUUUUAAUAUGCAAUAAUUAACUAUCAAGGAAAAAAUGUAAAAACGUUGAUGGAGCAUACAGUUCAAACCUUAAGUACUGUUCAAAUGCAUUGGGAAUGUGCAUUUUUCUGCAAGCCAAUCUGCGAAAUUACAUUCCUGAUAGGUGGUCCUUGAAAAUUGCUCGAAAAGUCCCCAAAAAAUAGUUGCAAUUAUUUGUAUGAACCCUGGACUCACAGUAGCCUACCAACGCCUUUUUAAACAUGUUUUUUGGUUUGUUUAAAGAAAUGAAAAGUACCUGGCUGCGGUGGCUGCUGGGAAGUGGGUGCUUCAUAAAUCGUACUUGGAAGCCAGCAGAGAGGAAGGCUUCUUUGUUGACGAAGCUCGCCAUGAAUGGGGCCAAGAAAUACCUGGAGAACCCUUCAAUAAACUUGCAGCUGCCGCUCAACGCUGGAGGAUUCGGCUUCGACAAGAACGAGCGGUAACAAACAGUGAAUCUUAUUUUAGAGGGUAA